AAUAUUAAUUUAUAGAGUUUUAAAAAUGUACUAAAGAAAUCGUCGGUUAGUUUAUAUAAUCUGCGUUUUUCUUUUAUUAGGGCUAAACCCAGCCCAAACAAAGGAGGAAUGUCUAGCAAGUAUCCAAACAUGGGUUCGGGCCUCUGGGUUAAUGUUUGCUGGAUCUGGAUUCGGAUAUCCUAUAUAUCCCUAGUGAUAAUAAUUAAUAAGAGCCGCGGCUCUGAACAAAAUAUAAAACAAGGGCGGCCUUCUGCUUUUAGUUAACAAAGAAAAAACUCCGUAGAGAGAGAGAGAGAGAGAAUAGCGGUGCUGGAUCUAAGCGAUGUCGGAUCCUUACGAGAGGGCGAAGGGUGGAAGGUUAGCGUUUAAAGGAGGCGAUCUAGCCACCAUCAAAAAGAAGAAGAAGCAAUCGAAGAAGAAGAAGAAGGACAAGGAAAAGCUCGACGACGGCGCCGAUGUUGAGAAGAUGGACGCUCCAGCCACUUCCUCUGCUGCAGAUGGCAAAGACGAUAUCUACUCUAUCGACGCCGCGAAGAAGAGGAAGUACGACGAGCUUUUCCCCGUGGAGGCAAAGAAGUUCGGUUACGUUCCCAAAUCGAACUUCGAUUCGGUGGCGGAGGCUCUCGACGAUCGAGUCAAGAAGAAGGCCGACCGCUACUGUAAAUAGAAUCUUUUGCAUCUCCCUUUGUUUAAUUCCCUACUCUAUGCAUAAUUGUUAUCAUGUUUGAAGACUUUAUCCCUAUUUUGCUUCUGUUUGAGACUGGUUUAUUUGGAAUCCAAAUUAGUGGUAUUUGGUAUUCA